CUAAACCCAGUGCUGCCACUUCUUGGAAGAAUGUCAUUUAUGUCAGAGGAUAUAGAGAGAUUUAUUCAGACUGGUAACACUUUCUACAAUUGCUUACUAAAACUUAAUUCUUCCAUAAAUACCUUUAUUCAAUUACUCACCAAUUAUCUGGGCUGCCAAAUACCUUGUAUCAUUGUGAAUGAAGGUGGAACUGUUAAGGAUUAUUUUGAAGAAGUAGUAUGUUCUUUGAAGAAGGUCCAGGGUGAUAUUGAAUCAAAGGAGAAAGCCAAGACUGAAUGUUCUCAAUUUUCCAAGAUAACAGCAACCAUGACUUCUGUACUGGAGAAAGACCCCUGUCUAAUAAAUGCUAAAAAGUUAUGUGAAACAGCUAAAGAAAUUUCUACCUGUGCCCAGCUGCCACUUGUUCUUAUGCUGAAAAAUGUCAACUUCUUUGAGAGUAUGGAAUGUGCUCUUUCCCAGCUGAUGAAAUCCUCCAUCAUGAGCCUCCGACUGACCGACCUCCAUAAACAAGAUCCCUGUGAACUACCAGGACCUGCCAGAGCUCCAGAGAAGAGUGGCUGCCUAACUUCUACAGCAGUGUCACCUACAGACAUCCUAGAGAAGUUGAGCAAGCUGAUAGAUUGCCAAACCUCCAUUAGCCCCACAAUGUUAGCUGCAGAUAAUCUCCAAGAAAUUGUCAAGACUAUGGAACCUGUUGCAGACAAACUACAAGUCACUAAGGCUAUAGAAGCCAAUAUGGACUUAUUAAAAUUAACUAAGUAG